GAGGAGGGUGACAUCACGCGCCAAUCGGCAUGGCUGUGGGAGCGAGCGGCUCGCUUUUUGAAUCGGCCGUGGCGGCCCGCGGCGGGCCCUGAUGGCGGCUGUGGGAAGAGGCUGCGUCUGAAGAGCUGGCCUUGCCGGUCGCUUUGGGAGCCUGCAUACAGGUUAAACUAUUUUCUAAGAAUCUGGAGGAAAAUAUUUGUGUAUUUUAUGUAGCUGAAGAAGUAAGAAGAGAUAAAAUGGAUCACCCAUGUGCUUCCAGGCAGCGUGACACAGUACAGACAAUGGCCGACAGUAGCGUAUUAACAGCCACUGCGGGGAGGGCUAGCUUGGCAGACUCUUCCAUGUUUGAUUCUAAAGUUGCUGACAUUUCCAAGGACAACUUACUUACUGGAGCUACUUCAUAUGUUGACGAGGAAAUGCCUCAGAUUGAAACAAGAGUGGUACUGGUUCGAGAAGCUGGAAAACAGGAAGAACUAUUGAAAGCCUUAAAGAGCAUUAAAAAAAUGGAAGUCCCUGUUAUAAAGAUUAAAGAAAGUUGUCCUGGAAAAGCGGAUGAAAAGUUAAUAAAAAGUAUUGUUAAUAUGGAAAUCAAAGUGCCUUUUGUCAAGAUGGAAUCACUUGAAGAAUUGGAAGAUUUGGAUUCUCCAGAAUUUGAAAAUGUAUUUGUGGUCACGGACUUCCAGGAUUCUGUCUUUACUGAUUUACACAAGACUGACUGUAGAAUUGUUGGACCACCGGUUAUGUUAAACUGCGCACAAAAAGGGGAGCCUUUGCCUUACUCCUGUCGCCCGCUGUACUGUACAAGCAUGAUGAACCUGGUGCUGUGCUUCACUGGAUUCAGGAAGAAAGAAGAGCUAGUCAGAUUGGUGACAUUGGUCCAUCAUAUGGGUGGAGUUAUUCGUAAAGACUUUAAUUCAAAAGUUACACAUUUGGUGGCAAAUAACACACAAGGUGAAAAAUUUAGGGUUGCUGUGAGCCUGGGAACUCCAAUUAUGAAGACAGAAUGGAUUUAUAAAGCUUGGGAUAGGCGAAAUGAACAGGGUUUCUGUGCAGCAGUGGAUGACUUUAGAAAUGAAUUUAAAGUUCCUCCCUUUCAAGAUUGCGUUUUAAGUUUCUUGGGAUUUUCAGAGGAAGAUAAAACUAACAUGGAAGAGAUGACUGAAAUGCAAGGAGGUAAAUAUUUACCAGUUGGAGAUGAAAGAUGUACUCACCUUAUUGUUGAAGAGAAUAUAGUAAAGGAACUUCCAUUUGAACCUGCAAAGAAACUUUAUGUUGUCAAGCAAGAGUGGUUUUGGGGAAGCAUUCAAAUGGAUGCGCGAGCUGGAGAAACGAUGUAUUUGUAUGAAAAGGCCAGCACUCCCGAGCUCAAGAAGUCCGUGUCACUGCUCUCUCUGAGUACCCCAAACAGCAAUCGCAAAAGACGGCGUCUGAAGGAGUCGCUGGCUCAGCUUUCCAGAGAGACGGAUUUGUCGCCUUUCCCUCCCCGCAAACGGCCGUCGGCUGAACAUUCCCUUUCAAUAGGGUCACUCCUGGAUAUCUCCAAUACACCAGACUCCAGCAUUAACUACGGAGAAACACCGAAAUCUUGUACUAAAUCAUCUAAAAAUUCCACUCCAGUUCCUUUAAAGCAGUCAGCCCGAUGGCAGGUUGCGAAAGAGCUCUAUCAGACUGAAAGUAAUUAUGUAAAUAUAUUGGCGACAAUUAUUCAGUUAUUUCAGGUUCCUUUGGAAGAGGAGGGACAACGUGGUGGGCCCAUCCUUGCACCAGAAGAGAUUAAGACAAUUUUUGGUAGCAUUCCAGAUAUCUUUGACGUACAUACUAAGAUAAAGGAUGAUCUUGAAGACCUUAUUGUUAACUGGGAUGAGAGCAAAAGCAUUGGUGACAUCUUUCUUAAAUAUUCAAAAGAUUUGAUAAAGACCUACCCUCCCUUUGUAAACUUCUUUGAAAUGAGCAAGGAAACUAUUAUUAAAUGUGAAAAACAGAAACCAAGGUUUCAUGCUUUUCUCAAGAUAAAUCAAGCCAAACCAGAAUGUGGACGGCAAAGCCUUGUUGAACUUCUCAUCCGACCGGUGCAGAGGUUACCCAGCGUUGCAUUGCUGUUAAAUGAUCUUAAAAAGCAUACGGUUGAUGAAAACCCUGACAAAAGUACUUUAGAAAAAGCUAUUGGAUCACUAAAGGAAGUAAUGACGCAUAUUAAUGAGGAUAAAAGGAAAACAGAAGCUCAAAAGCAAAUUUUUGAUGUUGUUUAUGAAGUAGAUGGAUGCCCAGCUAAUCUGUUAUCUUCUCACCGAAGCUUGAUACAGAGAGUUGAAACGAUUUCUCUAGGUGAGCACCCCUGUGACAGAGGAGAACAAGUAACUCUGUUCCUCUUCAAUGACUGCCUGGAGAUAGCAAGAAAGCGACACAAGGUUAUUGGCACUUUUAGAAGUCCUCAUGGCCACACCCGACCCCCAGCUUCUCUUAAGCAUGUUCGUCUAAUGCCGCUUUCUCAGAUUAAAAAGGUGUUGGACAUAAGAGAAACAGAAGAUUGCCAUAAUGCUUUUGCCUUGCUUGUGAGGCCACCAACAGAGCAGGCUAAUGUGCUGCUCAGUUUCCAGAUGACGUCAUAUGACCUUCCAAAGGAAAACUGGCUGAAGAUGCUGUGUCGACAUGUAGCCAACACCAUUUGUAAAGCGGAUGCUGAGAACCUUAUGUAUCCUGCAGAUCCAGAAUCUUUUGAAGUAAAUACUAAAGAUAUGGACAGUACAUUGAGUAGAGCUUCUAGGGCAAUAAAAAAGACUUCCAAAAAGGUUACCAGAGCAUUCUCUUUCUCUAAAACUCCCAAAAGAGCUUUCCGAAUGACUCUCACGACGUCCCAUAGCUCAGCAGAAGGAAGAAGCCCUACCAGCAGCGAUAAGCUGGCAGUGAGUCGUCUGCCUAGCACAUCGUCAUUGGCGAUUACCCAUUCUGUUUCCACAAGCAAUAUCAUUGGAUUUACUAGACAUUCUUAUGGUCAGCGUUCCAACUCCACUCGUGGGCACUCUCGUUCCUCCUGGUUUCGAUCUAUACAUCAUUCUUCUUCCCAGGCUAGUUUUUCAGAGAUACUAGAAGGAAAUACUGAUUUUCAGAUUUCACAAAAGUUCUAUCCAACUCAUCUUUGACACUUGUGAAGAAUUAGGAGAUUUGCCAAACAAUGAUGGAAGCAAGCCUCGUGAACUUUAAUGGUAUCCCAUCUCCUUCCCUUGUCAGCCUGCCUUCAUUCUUUGAAAGGAGAAGUCAUACUUUAAGCAGAUCUACAACUCAUUUGAUAUGAAGCCUAAAAACUUAAAUGACAGAGAUGUAUUAAUACUUCCUACUCAAAAGAGACACUGACUUAAAUGGUACUUGUAACUAGCACUUGGUUGAAGCUGGGAAGAUGUUUAACACUAAUGUUUGCCAUUUGAUUUUCUUCUCGAAGGAAUAAAAGUUUGUCUUACAUUUUUCAAGCCUGUGUAAAAAAUUUGAAUGAUUUUGAUGUAACUUAUCUCUUUGAUUGAAUUCCUCAUCCAAUGACCAAUAAUUUAAGUUAUACAUGGUAUUAGUAGUUUUGCAGCCCUGAUACAGUAAAUAAAUGUUAUUGGUGGGUACCAGAUCCUGCUGUAAAUCUAUUUGUAUAGUAUCAAUGAAUGAAUUUGUGGAAAUGCAUAUUUGUGAAUCUCAGUUUGUAUAGAAGUUAAGUAAUACUACAGUGCUUACCAGAUAAAAUUCCUGAGUAAAUAGAGGGAUCUUUAAGAUCUACCAUCUGCAUUGUGAAGGGUUUUCUUGUAUUAAUAAGACCAACACUUAAAGGGAAUUGCUUGAAAAUUCUUUUCAAAUUUAGAGACUCACAGAAGGAUUAGAAAGUACUCAUUUUGUGAAAGCAGAUGAUUGAUAAAUACUUGCAGAUAUUUCCCAGGCAGUAUUUACGGUGAUUUUAGCCACUGGCAAAUCUUGUUAGUUUGGUAGUGUGUGGACUUGUAUUUUGGAAGACAAAACCAUGAGAAAAGUGUAGUAAAGACUGUUUAUAUUUUUUUUAUGGAAUAAUUAUAAAGUUGUCAUCAGUUAUAUAAAUCCGUGAAAUGCAUAGAUAUGUAUAUGGUCAAUUUUUAUAGUGGUCUUAUAAUUACAUGUAAAAUUGAAAUUUUAUCUGGUGUUUUAAAAUAUUUUUCAAAGCCCUGAUGUCAUCUUUCAUAAUAGUCUUGUUUUCUAAUAGUCAGGAAUACAAAAUAGU